UCAGAUGACCUUUUCUCUCCCCUGGCUCUCCGUUCUACCGUCCUGGAAACCAUGGCCCCUCUGCUGGCUCUCCUCUGCCUGCUGCAGCUGGGUCCAGGCCUGGCUGCUCUCGCCUGCUCUCAGAAUGUCAAUAUCGCUGGCGGUAAUUUCACCCUCAGCCAUGGCUGGGCCCCUGGGAGCCUCCUCGUCUACUCCUGCCCUCUGGGCAAGUACCCAUCUCCAGCCUGGAGGCGAUGCCAGAGCAACGGAGAGUGGCAGACACCAAGAUCUAGCUCACUUCCCACCCUGCGAUCCUCUCGGAUGGUAAAAGCAGUCUGCAAAUCUGUUCGAUGCCCAGCUCCUGCGUCCUUUGAGAAUGGCAUCUAUAUCCCUCGACUGGGGUCCUACCCUGUGGGUGGCAACCUGAGCUUCGAGUGUGAGGAUGGCUUCACCUUGCGGGGCUCACCUGUGAGGUACUGUCGCCCCAAUGGCUUGUGGGAUGGAGAGACGGCUGUGUGUGACAAUGGGGCUAGCCACUGCCCCGACCCGGGCAUCUCAGUGGGCACAGUUCGGACGGGCUCAAGCUUUGACCUCGGGGACAAGGUCAGUUACCGAUGCUCCUCCUCAAAUCUGGUAUUGACUGGCUCUGCAGAGCGGGAGUGUCAGAGCAGUGGAGUGUGGAGCGGGUCGGAACCCAUCUGCCGACAGCCAUACUCUUAUGACUUCCCUGAGGAUGUAGCGUCUGCCCUAGGCACCUCCUUCACCAACCUGCUUGGAGCCACCAAUCCCAUCCAGAAGAGGACAGAAAAUCUGGGCCGUAGGAUCCAAAUCCAGCGCUCGGGCCACCUGAACCUCUAUCUUCUGCUUGAUGCUUCUCAGAGUGUGUCAGAAGAAGACUUUGACAUCUUCAAGGAGAGCGCCUCACUCAUGGUGGACAGGAUCUUUAGCUUUGAGAUAAAGGUCAGCGUGGCUAUCAUCACCUUUGCCUCUCGGCCCAAAACCAUCAUGUCGAUCCUGAGCGACAGAUCCCGGAAUGUGAUGGAGGUGAUCGCCAGUCUGGACUCUGUCUGCUACAAAGAUCACGAAAAUGCCUCUGGCACUAACACUUACGAGGCCCUCAACAGCGUCUACUUGAUGAUGAAUAACCAGAUGGAUCGCCUCGGCAGGGAGACCUCUGCCUGGCAGGAAAUCCGCCAUGCCAUCAUCCUUCUGACUGACGGAAAGUCCAACAUGGGGGGCUCCCCCAAGCCAGUAAUCGACAACAUCAGAGAGAUCCUGGACAUCAGGCGGAACAGAAAUGACUACCUGGACAUUUAUGCGAUUGGGGUGGGCAAGCUGGAUGUGGAUUGGAAAGAACUGAACGAGCUUGGAUCCAAGAAGGAUGGAGAGAGGCACGCCUUCAUCUUGCAGGAUGCAAAGGCUGUGCAACAGGUCUUUGAGCACAUGCUGGAUGUCUCUAAGCUCACAGAUACCAUCUGUGGGGUAGGGAACAUGUCUGUCAAUGCCUCUGACCAGGAGAGGACACCUUGGCAAGUCACCUUUAAGCCCAAAAGCAAGGAGACUUGCCAGGGAUCGCUCAUCUCUGACCAGUGGGUGCUGACAGCAGCUCACUGUUUCCAUGACACUCAGAUGGAAGACAGCCACCUGUGGAGGGUCAGUGUGGGGGAUCCCACCUCUCAGCACGGCAAAGAAUUCCUUGUGGAGAAAGUGUUAAUUGCCCCAGGGUUUAAUGUCCAUGCAAAGCAGAACCUGAACAUCUCAGAGUUCUACGCUGAUGACAUUGCUUUGAUGAAGCUAUCUCAGAAAGUGAAAAUGUCUACCCAUGCCAGGCCCAUCUGCCUUCCUUGCACUGUGGGGGCCAACAUGGCUCUGCGGAGAUCCCCAGGUAGUACCUGUAAAGACCAUGAGACAGAACUUCUGUCACAGCAGAAAGUUCCUGCACAUUUUGUAGCUUUGAACGGGAACAGGCUGAACAUCAACCUCAGGACAGGACCCGAGUGGACAAGCUGUCUCAAGGCAGUCUCCCAAAACAAGCACAUCUUCCCGGGCUUGACAAACAUUAGCGAGGUGGUGACAGACCAGUUCCUGUGCAGCGGGAUGGAGAAGGAGGAGGACAACCCUUGUAAAGGAGAAUCUGGGGGAGCGGUUUUCCUUGAGCGGAGAUACAGGUUUUUCCAGGUGGGCCUGGUGAGUUGGGGUCUUUUUGACCCUUGUCAUGGUUCCUCCAACAAAAACUCCCGCAGGAAACCUCCACACGGUAUUCUGCCGAGGGACUUCCACAUUAAUCUCUUCCGCCUGCAGCCCUGGCUGAGGCAGCACCUGGAUGGUGUCCUGAACUUUUUGCCUCUUUAACAUGGUUGCUGACUCUCAUCUUCCCUCCUGUCCACUACCUCUGAGUGUUCUCACUCCUGGGUACAUAAAUCCUGGGCCCCAGGUACCCAGAGACAGUGGCAAAAGCUAUGGAAUCCCCAGGGUUGUGCCAGGCCCACUGUGCUACCCUCGAAGCAAGUCUCUAGCGUGGAUGACCCAUGCUCCUUUCGCUUUCACAGGGAAUUUCCAAGUUGUGAAAUUAAUAAAAACCAAUGAUUUCCA